AUGGAGCUGACAUCUUCGUCGUCAUCGUCAGACGACACCGACACUGACGAUGAAUAUAUGCGGACAUACUUUCCGACUGCCAAAGCUCACCGAGGAUCACUCCCAGGUCGCAAAACGAACGUUGACAGGCAUCGCAGCAUUGGUGACAAGCAGCUCUGGGAGUACUACUUCGACGACAACCGGAGCUAUGAUGAUGGGGUAUUUCGACGUCGAUACCGCAUGAGUCCCGAGCUGUUUCUCCGGAUUUCACAAGAUGUGGCCCACCAUUCAGAGUACUUUCGACAAGGACGUGAUGCCGCAGGGAUACUCGGGUUCUCCACACUUAAAAAAUGCACAGUAGCGAUGCGCAUGAUGGCAUACGGUGCUGCAGCAGACUCACUGGAUGAGAACUUUCGCAUGGGCAAGUCCACCAUACUAAAGACGCUGCAGUUGUUUUGUUGUGCUGUGGAUAAGCUGAGUACUUGA